AUGGAGUCGGAGAAGAGCGGCCUUUUGCCGCCGUACAGCGCCGCAGCCGUCGCGUCGCCGUCGCCUUCGGGCCCACGCCGCUCGGCACACCAUCACAAGCGGUGGUUGCGCCCCAGCCGCAGCAUGAAGCUGAUCGUCGGAUGUCUUGCAUUCAUCGCUUUCGCUCAAUGGAAGCAGCUAUCGCUUCUGCCCACUCGCCAGCCGUCUAGCGAUUUAUCCGUGGACCGCCUGCAACAGGAUCUGGCAACUUGCUCCAAGCUGCGACACAAGCCGCAAGAUCCAAUUGGUCUUGGUCGUGAAAAGAACGCCCGCUAUGUUGACGGCCAGCGUCCGACGCUCAUUCGAAACGCAACGAUCUGGGUUGGCGAGGCUGCCGAGGGAACUUCCCCGGAAGAUGCGCGUGCUGGCAAAGGAUACUCGUGGAUCACCGCCGACGUUCUCGUCGACUACGGCCUCAUCCAAAAGGUCGAGGCCGACAUCUCGCUCGACUCUCUUCCUAAGAACACCCAAAUCUGGGAUGCUAAGGGCCGCCAGCUGACCAGCGGCAUCGUCGACAUGCACUCCCACGCUGGCGUUGGUGCUCUGCCUGAGCUCAACGGCAGCGAAGAUGUCAACGAGCUUUCUGAUGAUAUCACCCCGUACGUCCGCUCGAUAGACGGCCUCAACCCGCUCGACCCACAGAUUCAGGUCAUCAAGUCCGGCGGUGUCACUACAUCCCUGAUCUUGCCGGGCUCAGGCAACAACAUGGGAGGCGAAGCCUUUGUUAUCAAGCAUGCCGUUGGCAAGGCUGACGGCCGCACCGAAUUCUCGGCGGAAGACAUGUUGGCCGACCCAGACCGCAACUGGCGCUACAUGAAGAUGGCAUGUGGAGAGAACCCAAAGCGUAUUUAUGGAAAGGUUGGCAGCCACGGCCCUUACUCUCGUCUUGGCGAGAGUUGGGAGUUUCGCCAUGCGUUCGAGCAAGCAGCGAAGCUUGUGCGAGACCAGGACGACUGGUGCGACGCUGCGGACAAGUUUGGCAUUGAAAGCCAGACCUCGUAUUUGCCGCAGGAUCUGAAGUGGGAGAGUCUCAGCGCUGCGUUGCGCGGUCAAGUGCACAUCAACACCCACUGUUACACGAUUCCAGAUUUGGAGGCAUUCGUCGACCACACCAACGAGUUCAAGUUCUCUGUGCGGGCGUUCCACCACGCUCACCAGACCUUUUUGGUUCCAGAGGUAGGCUCCGAGGCUACUCGACUCUGCUGCAUUGACAACUAA